GGGAGGAGCGCACCUUGCUCUGCUCAGUCGAGCGCCGGCUCUCCGCGUGUCAUGCUGACUGUCUCACGCACCGGACAUCGGAGAAAUAUCCACGCUCACACUGGCAAACAGCCCGCAAACUGCUCAGUUCAUGGAUUGUUGCCACUUCCUCAAAGUGUUUAUUCUGGAAGACUUGCUCCAUCCAAGGACGUCCAUUUACUUUUGCGUGUGAACUUUUUUUUUUUUUUUUAAGUCGCGUUCAUCUUGACACAUGUUACUGUACAGUGUGCUGGUGGAAGCUCGUGGAUGAGAAGGAUGCACAUGUUACUGCACUUCGGUCUGUUCCUGCAGCUCGCGCUUUGGAAGACGACGAAAGCCAUCCACCCAGACUGUGCUCUGGUGUUGCAGCAUAUGAGGGCUGAAGAAGAAUGCUACCAGAUACUCCAGCAGGAGAAGAACAACCGCUCUGCCAAGACAGGCUGUCCAACAGUUUGGGACAACAUUCGGUGCUGGAAUCGAGCUGAAGUGGGGCAGGUUGUGAGCAUCUCGUGUGCCAAUGUCUCCCAGCUGUUCGCUAAUAAUCAAGGUUAUGUUUAUAGGAACUGCACCAAGGAAGGAUGGUCCGAGGUCUACCCAUCCUAUGAGGAUGCCUGUGAGUUUGCAGAGGAUGAAGAGGCAGAGCCAGAGACAACAUAUUUCUCCAACUUCAAACAUGUGUACACUGCUGGCUACUCCACCUCCCUCGUCUCUCUUAUAUCGGCCAUUUUUGUCUUCACUGUCUUCAGGAAGUUUCACUGCACCAGAAACUACAUCCACAUCAACUUGUUCUUCUCCUUCAUCCUGAGAGCGAGUGCAGUUUUCAUCAAAGACGCUGUUCUUUUCUCUGAUGAAAACCUGGACCACUGCUUCAUGUCCACAACAUCCUGUAAAUCAGCCGUGGCCUUCUUUCAGUUCAGUAUCCUGGCUAAUUACUUCUGGCUGCUGGUGGAAGGAAUGUACCUGCAAACGCUGCUCGCGCUCACGUUUGUCUUUCAGAAGAAAUACUUCUGGUGGUACAUACUCAUCGGCUGGGGUCUCCCAACCACAAUCAUAUUGGUCUGGAUCCUCACUAGAAACUUCUAUGAUAACACGGGAUGCUGGGAUGACACAGAUGUGGCCUUCAUCUGGUGGAUCAUAAAAGCUCCAAUAACUGCAUCCCUACUGGUUAACUUCAUCAUCUUCAUCAAUGUGAUCCGUAUUCUGGUCCAGAAGCUGAGGUCUCCUGGAGUUGGUGGCAACGAUACCAGCCACUUUAAGAGACUAGCCAAAUCCACUUUGCUGCUCAUACCCCUGUUUGGGAUGCACUACAUGGUGUUUGCUUUCCUGCCAGAAAACACAGGAGCAGAGGCUCGGAUCUUCAUUGAGCUCGGUUUGGGAUCCUUUCAGGGAUUCGUUGUGGCCCUGCUGUACUGCUUCCUGAACGGUGAGGUCCAGGCCGAGCUGAAGAAGCGCUUUUGGAAGUGGCAGACUCAAAGCUACCUGAGAUACAGUAAACGACGGCGUACGCUGUUCAACGAAAGCAGCACAGUCACUCAGAUUUCUGUUCUAGACAAAUCCAGCCCCAAAGACCGGCCAAGCUCAGAGGCACAAGCCGUCACACACACCCUCACACCCAGCAACGUGUCCGCUGUCUGAGGUACCGCUGACAGCGCUGUUUGGUACCUCGUCUUCAGCAGAGACUAAACCACAGAGCCUGAUUGUUGAGUUUUGAACAUAAGAUGUUUUUUAGCUGAACAAAUAUGAGACCUCUAAACUUAAUGUACAAAACAGAUUAAAGUACAGGUAGAAUUUAUGUCAUUGUGUUUUUGCUGUGGGGCUCCGCCUCCAUGUAUUACUCACAUCUGCAAAACUGUUUCUUGAAUUUUUAAAAGCAUUUCUAUCACACCAAAUUUUAUUAUUCUUUAAGAAAUAGAUAAUUGCCAGCUCUAUUUUACUAGAUGAGUUAGUAAAGUUGCUUUAUUUUGUGGUAAAAUGUUGUUUCUGUUGUCUUGACAUUAUGACUUGUUGACCUGUUCAUGAAGUAAAAUGGGUGUCGUGGAAAAAAAUCAACAUUUUCCUUGUUGUAGUUUCUAUGAUCAAAAGUCAGGAGUAGGAGCAUGGUAAGUGACUUAAAGAUUUCAGACUAAUUAUUGCAAAACCUCAACCAUUUUAAAACUGGCUCAUCCCUGCUCCCAACAUUUACAACCAUCCACCUCAAAGUUAGAAACCCUCUGCUGAAAUCAGAGGAGUCAACAAGGUCUCUCAAAGAGUUUCUCAGUCAUGACCAAGCGGCAGCUUCCGCCGGUAAAAUGUGAAGCUUAUGUGUAAGAGCAAAAGAUUGCAGUCCACCCCUCAUCCACUAGGGGCUGGCUCCAAAACAGAGUCAAUCCCCAUAGACUCCCAUGA